GUGCGCUGUGGUGAGCUCAAGCAGGAGUUACCCCAACACAAUGGACGAAGAUUUGCCGUCAAUGAUUCAAUACAAGCUGAUCUAUUUUGAUGGACGUGGUACCGCUGAAAUCGCUCGGCAGCUAUUCGUGGUGGCUGCACAGCCAUACGAGGAUGAGCGAAUCAACAAGGCUGAUUGGCAAAAACUCAAACCAGAAAUGCCAUUUGAACAGCUACCUGUGUUGGAAGUUAGUGGACAACAGCUUGCACAGUCUUACGCUAUCUGUCGCUAUUUAGCCAGACAAUUCGGUUAUGCAGGAAAAACGCCAUUUGAGGAAGCAGUGGUGGACUCAAUUGCAGAUCAGAUGAAAGAUUAUAUGGUGGAAAUUAAACCGUUUUUAAAAGUGGUUUGGGGCUUUGAAGAAGGAGAUUUGGAAGCACUGAAGAAGGAUGUCUUUCUGCCUGCUAGAGGAAAACUAUUCUUGUUUAUCAGCAAGUUCUUGAAGGGAAAUCCGUCAGGUUUCCUUGUCGGCGAUUCACUCACAUGGGCAGAUCUUUAUUUAGCCGAACACGUUGCGGUUUUCGGCGAGCAGUUCCCGGAAAUGCUCGAAGGGUAUCCCGAGAUCAAAGCACAUUCCGAGAGAAUACACAGUCAUCCACUUCUUAAAAAUUGGAUCGAAACGCGUCCAAAGACAAAGUUUUGAUGUUUGUUCAGUUAUCAGCCUUACUUAAAGACAAUAUGUUUGUCCAUUUGGAUCAAAAACCCAAAUAAAUUUUCUGACUUG